AUGGCUUCCAAACUCCAGCUCGAGGGCGGCAUUGCCCUAGUAACCGGCGCUGCCGCGGGAAUAGGCAAGGAGACAGCUCUGGCCUUCACAGAAGCUGGCGCAGAAGGCGUUGUACUGGUUGAUUUGAAUGGUGCCAGCGCAGUCAUCGAAGAAAUUACAAAGUUCGCUAAGAAUGAGAAGUUCUAUGCCAUUGCAGUGCAGGUAGAUGUCUCAGAUGAAGAUUCCGUAAGGGCCAUGGUCGAUACAGCCGUCAAGGAAUUUGGGCGAAUUGAUUACUGCGUUCAUUGCGCUGGGAUGGGCAAUAUCUCAGGCGCUACAACCGAAUACCUCAAGACUGAGGUCUUUGACAAAACAGUCGCCGUGAACAUCCGGGGUACCAUGCUCGUUGUCUCAACCGUUUCAAAGGCCAUGGCUAGUCAGGAGCCCCGCACGUGUCAAAAUCCAAGCGCUCGAAACCUAACAGCGACUCGUGAUCUUGGUCGUGGUAGUAUCGUAACUCUGGCUUCAGUCAACGCGUUCGUUCCAGCGCCCGGAAUGAUGUCGUACACAUCUUCGAAACAUGCGGUGAUUGGAAUUACGAAGACGGCUGCACUGGAUAAUAUCAAAAACCACAUCCGCGUAAACGCCGUCUGCCCCUCCUGGACAAAUACCCCAAUGAUGCAAGCCAGCUUGCAGCGAAUUCCGCAGCUAGGACAGACUAUUCGGAAACUGUCGCCGCUGGGAAGGGCAGCUUCGCCAGACGAAGUGGUAGACUAUAUCAUGUUCUUGUGUAGUCCAUCGGCGAGUUAUAUCAAUGGCUCGUGCCUUGUGAUUGAUGCUGGGUUGACGUUGACAGCGCAUGGAGCUGCGAGUCUUUGA